AAUCCCCCAAUGGUACGUUUUCGAUUUCGAAGGUGACGUGUGUGUUCCGAUCGUUCCGGAUCACAAUCGACGUGUAUAAAUUAAAAAAAGAUUUUCAGAACCUCUUGAGUAUAAACAUUUCUCGUGAACUCUUGACCGUUGGAGAAAUAAACGUACGAAAAUGACAAAAUAUUGGAGUAUUUUCGUACUUAUCGCGAUUCUAUCACAAUGCGUUUCUGGCGUGUAUUUUCAUAUCGGGGAUACAGAACGAAAAUGUUUCAUAGAAGAAAUUCCGGAUGAUACGACUGUCGUAGUUAAUUAUAAAGUCGAGUUAUAUGAUCCCCGUAGCGGGGGAUUCAUGCCAAGCAGUCCUGGAAUAGGAAUGCACGUUGAAGUUCAAGAUCCUGAUGAAAAAAUCAUUCUCUCCAGAGUCUACAGUUCUGAAGGUCGCAUAUCCUUCACUUCUCAAUUGCACGGGGAACAUAUUAUCUGUCUUUUCUCCAACAGUACUGCCUGGUUCAGUGGCACGCAAUUGAGAGUACAUCUUGACAUUGAAGUCGGGGAGCACGCUGUUGAUUACCAGAACAUAGCGCAACAAGAAAAGUUGAGUCAGUUACAAUUGAGAUGCCGUCAACUUUUGGAACAAGUUGCUCAAAUUACUAAGGAACAGAAUUACCAAAGGUAUCGUGAGGAGAGAUUCAGACAGACUUCUGAGAGUACCAAUCGCAGAGUCCUGCGGUGGUCGUUGGCUCAAACCGCUGUUCUGUUGGCCAUGGGAGCAUGGCAGAUGCGCCAUUUGAAGAGUUUCUUUGAAGCGAAAAAACUCGUCUGAAUAACAAUUUCACAAAAUCAUUAGCCUCGCACAUACAUGUGUUUUUCCAUCAUUGUACAGUCAUUUUUACCAAACUCAAUGUGUCUGUAAUAAAGUUUUUUUCACCAACUAUCAUGCCAGAAAGAUAAGCAUCGCUCGAUUUCCUACGUCGUUAAUUUGAUGUGUAAUAUAAAAUGUUUAUUAUGUAAAACGAGAUAAAAGAAUCAACACGGAA